AUGAAUUCAAUAUUGAUACCAAUAAUCUAUCUAGUUCUGCUCAUACUACCAUUAUCUUUAUUCAGUAAAAUAUACAGAUCAUCCAACGUAAAAUCCUCGAUCGACUUGAUCUCUGACAGCUGGUUUGAGCCACAUAUAGAGAGAUCAACGUACAUAACGCUGCUUCAGCAAGCGGAUACUGAGGAGAUAGUGCUCAAGUGUGCACUCAUACGCAGAGCAGUCGAGGACGUCAAGAGGAUCUGGAAGAUGAGAGAUGAUAAAGUGGCCCUAGUGACAUUGAUACAGAGGGGACAAGUAGGUGACCAACUCCUGCAGCAGAUCCAGGCAGCGGAGAAGGAGCUCGAGAGUGAGAUUGUCGAGGUUGUCUCGGAAGCAAACACCUUCAGAAUGGGAUGGGGACAGGGCAUAUUCCAAUCAGCGAGUGAAAUCGCACAGCACGACAAGAUCAAGUCAGUUCAUCAAACAAUCGCAUAG